CCUCCGGCGUCGCCGGCUCAGUCGUUGUGCGGGAGUGGUCACUGAGGGAUGUGUGGUGUAAACGCGUGACUGAAAAAGAGGCGAAGAGUAGUUUUUCCGGCGAGUACGCGUACUCUGCUCCCUCCCCCGAAGAAACAGAGACUGAAUCUAGUCAGGGCCCCGAACUAGAGUACCCCGGCGGCGUGUAUUUAUUUAUAUUUAUUGUACAAAAGACUAUUUAAACAUAGCCGACACAAUGUCCGUGGACAAGGAGGAACUGGUGCAGCGCGCGAAGCUCGCCGAGCAGGCGGAGAGGUACGACGAUAUGGCGGCCGCCAUGAAGGCCGUCACCGAGACGGGGGUCGAGCUCUCGAACGAGGAAAGGAACCUGCUCUCCGUGGCGUACAAGAACGUGGUCGGCGCAAGGCGCAGCUCGUGGCGGGUCAUCUCCUCCAUCGAGCAGAAGACCGAGGGCUCCGAGCGCAAACAGCAAAUGGCCAAGGAGUACCGGGAAAAGGUCGAAAAGGAGCUGCGCGAGAUCUGCUACGACGUUUUGGGUCUCCUGGAUAAGUACCUGAUCCCCAAGGCCAGCAAUGCCGAGAGCAAAGUAUUCUACCUCAAGAUGAAGGGUGACUACUACAGGUAUCUCGCAGAAGUAGCCACUGGUGACACCAGGAACACGGUGGUCGAGGAUUCGCAGAAGGCGUACCAGGAGGCGUUCGACAUAGCGAAGGCCAAAAUGCAGCCGACACAUCCCAUCAGGCUCGGUCUCGCCCUCAACUUCUCCGUUUUUUAUUACGAAAUUAUUAAUUCCCCGGCAAGGGCUUGCCAUUUGGCCAAGCAGGCGUUCGACGACGCAAUCGCGGAGCUGGACACACUAAACGAGGAUAGCUACAAAGAUUCCACGUUGAUCAUGCAGUUGCUGCGCGACAACCUCACUCUCUGGACCAGUGACACGCAGGGCGACGGGGACGAACCACAGGAGGGCGGCGAUAACUAACCCUCCUAAGAUUAAGAGUCCUACCCUUUCUAACCUAAUAAGAACAUCCUAUUCUCUAUCGUCCCCGCCCCCUCCCGGAUCCUCUUCUCAACGAUUCACCCCCGACACCCAUCCUCGCGCAUCCACCUCUGCCUUCUGCCCCACGGCCCUGUCCACCACUCUCUCGUUCUCGAGCCACCCGGAAGACAAGAGUCCUUCCCCCUCUCGACCCACCACCUGUUGUCCUUCGUCUCCUCGGGAAGAAAGAAAGUCGAGGCGAGAAAGGGGAAGAAGAUAACAAUAGAAGAGAACAAGCCGACCGCGCGCCUGUUGCCGGCGUUGCUAUUGCUGCUCCCGAUCAUCGAAACGCCCUCAGCCGACCGGAGGAUACGAAGAGGGCCGACCUGGAAACGAUCCCACAUCCUGGCCCGAUAUCUUUGAUCGGAUCUCCUGGACAGCCGAGACCUCGUCGAGGUCGGAGGCCCUCCAGGUCGUAGGAUAAGGUCGUCGGGUAGUUCUCCACGUCGUGGCCGAGCGAUCGAACGAACGUCCUGGACCUCGACAUUACCUUCGUCGUCGGCGUCGCCGUCCACUCGAGACACCAUCGGAUCCCCGGAGGUCGAGGUCAACUACUCGGGGUCGACGAGGACGGUCGCGACGUCGACGACUUCCGGCCGUGACCUAUCCUCUCCCUCUUUUUCUCUCUCUCUCUCUCUCUUUCUCUUUCUCCUGAGUCGUCGAUACGGCGGAGGGAGGAAGAGAACGGAUGGCGGGAAGAAAUAGAGGGGAAACGGUGGAAACGGGACUUCUGAGAGCGAGAGUCACGGGUAGGUCAGGGACGGGGUCAGGGCCGAGACCGAGGUCAAGGCCGCGCCAGGUCGGGUCGCGGAGCGAGCGUUUCGCAACGGGCGAAGAGCACGAGUCGAGGGGGCGAGAGUCGUGUCUAGGAAGUGCGAGAACGAUCUCCCGGGUUUCGUCGAGCUCCCCCGAGGGGAGGGAACGGAAGGGAAGGAACGAGCGCCGUCGAGAAGCGAGGAGACGGGAGAAAAACUUGCGAGGGAACGCGCGAAAGAAAGAGAGAGGGAGAGAAAGAGAAAACGAGAGGAACGUACCGCUGUCGCUAAAAAAACCCGACUCUCGGCGAAAUCACUUCUGCCACCCGAUACGGCUAAUACGAAAGAGAUAACGAACACGCAAGGAUAUAUUCUAUACAUAUAUACCGGGCUUCGAGAGAAGGGGUAACAAUGAGGAAUCGCAUGGAACCCGUCUACGUUAUACCCCAGUUAUCAUUAAAUUAAAUUUCUCAUUCGUCUAGCGAGUAACUUACUAUUAAUUUUAUGUGGAAGAGAAGGAACGCAGGAGGAGGAAGGAGAGUAAACUAAAUACAUUAAGUUAUUAAGUUCCGAACGUGGACAUCAGUGGUGGCUUGAUUUCGCAUUCGGUACACUUGCCUUUCUUCCGGCUCUUUCUCUCGCUCUGUGUGACACACACACACUCUUUCUCUCUCUGUUUUCUCUCUUUCUCUCGUUACGUAAUCUCCGCCUCUGUGUCUGAUAUUUUUCUUCUUUUUCUUUCUCUUUCUUUCUUUUGUUUUUUUUUUACUCCGUUCCAAUUCUCAUCUCUUCGAGGUGUGUUUCCUCUUUCGUUCUUUCGGCUAUCCUCUCUUCGCCCUCUACGAUUCCCGACACUGUCACCCGGAUAGAUAAUAUAAUCUUCGACCGCUGACACCCGACAUGUUCGAUUUCGACAGCUCCUUCAGGCACCGUCGACUGCCAUCGUACAUUUUUUUUUCCCUAUGUGGAAAAUGGAAGGCCGAAUGAAUUUCUAAAUAUCGAUGGAAAUAAAGCGCUCCGACAAUUUCAUUUUUUUUUUCCUUUUUUUUUUUCUUCCCCCGUUAAACUCGAGAGGAGACAAAGAUUGUUGUAAAACCGCGUGCAUCGAUACCCAUCUCACCGGCGAUCCUCUCAUGCUUCUUCUCCCUCGGCUCUUCCUUCUAUCUCUCUCUCUCUCCUUUAUUCGGAUUUCAACGCCUGGACGUCCCGAUUCCUACCCCCUUAACGUUAAAAGGAAAAGAAACUACUAUAAUGCAUUCAAUCGAGAUAUUUACGAGCUCCGUAAAAUAUCUCGUACCGCUUUCUCUCUCAUGGGAGGGAUGAAAUUAUACAUAUAUACAUAUAUAUAUUUACAUGCAUAUAUAUACACUCAUAUAUAUGUACAACCCUGAACGUGGAAUUUUCACUGUACUUCCGAGAUAUCCCUUUCGCAAGCUUGAAGAGGAGACGGAUAAUCACCUAGAGACGCGCGCAAGUCUUCGCCCCCCCUUUUUUAAUUGUAUUUUUUUUUUAUCAGUCACACGUUUUCGGAUUGAUAACGCGAACGCUGGACAAGAGC